UUUCUACCUUAAAGCAUAGAUUAUAAGUUCUCAAUUCAUAAAAUUAAAGCAUAGAUUAGAGAUCUGGAUUCAUAAAAUUAAAGCAUUGAUUAAAGUUCUGGAUUCAUAAAAUCAAAGCAUAGAUUAAAGGUCUCGAUUCAUAAAAUCGAAGCAUAGAUUUAAGUUCUCGAUUCAUUAAAGCGACAUAAUUAAAGCGUAUGUAAAAUGAAUUUAUUUCUGAUAAUAUUCUUUCUUCCAAGUGCAAUGUGUUUUUUGUGUUGGAGCCAAAUAAACAAUUCUCCGACAACAACCCAAAGGUGUGAAUUGUGCGCGAUUUCUCGCAUUGAAGCAUCAAAAUAUGGAUCUUCAUUUAGUUCAAUUGUGAAGACGUGUGCAUUAAAUAAUUUAGAAUGCAAUAAAUUGUGUCACGACACUAUUAAGACAGUAGCAGUUAUGGAUUCCUCAAUAAAAGUUACUUCUUGUAAGGCAACUUGUUGUCAAACUGAUCUAUGUAAUAAUGACGCUCUUCUUGACAGAGUCCCUUAUUACAAUGGCGCUAGGCAAAGAACUGGAAUGGCAUUUUUAUACUGGAAAAUUUUCUUCGGAAUUUUAUUUGUUAGUUUAGCGCAGUGUUUACUUUAGAUAAAUUUUUAUUUUUUGUU